GGGACCACUACGUAAAAGUCACACCUAGGUUUUCACCUCGCCGUCCCACUCCCACCCACGCCGCCGCCACCGCCGCCGCCGCCGCCGCUUCACUCGCCGGAGCGCCAUCUCUAGCCGCCGCCGCCGUCCUCCCCCUGAGAAAGCGUCGAUUCCGUCCGGGGGUGGGCAGCGGUGGGACUCGUAUCCGGACGGCCGCAGAUUCGUUGAGCGACCCGCGCUGCUGUUUUUCAUUCUGCAGGUUUUAGUCUUGUUGGCAUCCUUCUGUUAAGGAAAAUGGCAAGCAAAGCAGGUGGUGACGGCAAAGAAGCCAUCAAUGAGCAAAUAAUUGCAAACACUUAUGGGAACAUGCGGUCUGAAAUGACUCAACUUUACACCAAGAUUACAGAAUUAGAGAUGGAAGUCAGUGAACACUCUCUUGUGAUUGGCGCAAUCGAGCCACUGGAUCACUCAAGGCGCUGCUACAGAAUGGUUGGUGGCGUCCUGGUUGAAAGGACCAUCAGGGAAGUCUUGCCUGCGGUGCAUCGCAACAAGGAGGGCCUUGAAGAGGUAAUCGCUCGCAUGCAUGAAGCACUGGAGAAGAAAAAGAAGGAGAUCACCGAGUUUGAGCUGAAGUACAAGAUCAGGAUCCGGAAGGCGGACAGCAACGCUGAUGAGGAAGAAGGCAGCAAGAAGGAAGGGUCUGCUCAGGGUGUUCUUGUUGGUCCUGCUGGCCAGUGAAGCAAAAUGUCAAGCUUGCAUACUGGUUUUUCCUAGAGAUUAUGAAAGUUAGGUUGCUCUUUGCUAGAUGUCAACUGAUUUCGGUCUCUCUUUCUAUCUGUGUGUGAAGUAUACUACUAUUCUUCUGUGGAACCGUGGAAUCCGUUCCAUGUACAAUUGAAUGCUAUCUGGCUAUGCUAGUUGAUAACUUCGGUCAUAACUGCAGGUUUUGUGCAGGUAUUCUAGGUGAGAACUUUGGUAAGAUUUUGUGCAGGUUGCAACAUGAUUUGUUCAUCUUUGGA